GGUAUAAAAUGGCUUCCGGUUGGCAAGAACACCGGCAGUAACACAACGGCUUGCAACGACAACGGUAUCGGGUUUGAAGCAAAUACGUGAAUUUAUCGCUUUUCAUGAAUGAAAUUGCACAUGUAUUUACCACAAUGGUAAUAUCAUGUGUAGUUGUUGGUUGUACGAAGCGUUUUGAGAAGGGAUCAGGCUUGAAAUUUCACCGAAUACCCAUUUCAGGAGAGAGAAGAUGGCGGUGGCUUCAGGCCAUCAACAGGAAGAAUUGGACCCCAGUAAGCAGCAGAGAUCGUGUUUGUGGCUCCCACUUUUCUUCAGGUUCUGCUAGUAAUGACCCCAGUGAUCCUGACUUUGUGCCUCACAUCAACAUGGGCUAUAAACCUUCAUCGAUGCUGACCCCCAAAGAAAAGGACAAGCGAUGUAAGAGAGUAAAGACGCGAGCAGAAGAGAAGAUAAAAGUUGCACAAUCCAGGAAAGACAGCAGUGAUGCUGCCACAAUUCUCCUUGAGCUGUCAACCAGUACAACCAACAAUCUAAAAGCCGAAGAUUUGGAUAACGAUGCCGAUGAUGAAGAUGAGAAGGUACCCAUAUCAGAUGUACAUGAUGCUUGUCUGGGGACAAUCAGCAGGCUACAGCUGGAGAAGCAGCAGUUGAUGAUGGAGAUGGGCAAGCUGCAGGAGGAGCUGUGGGAUGCCAGGCAGAAACUACAGGGAUGCAAGUUUACAGACAAGUUCUUGGAAGAAGGGAACAGGGACAGCAAGACCCAGUUCUUCACUGGGAUGCCAAGUUAUGGAAGUUUCCUAUGGUUACUUGGGUGCGUCAGAGCAAUGUUACCAGUGUCUAUGACCCUGUCCCCCGGCUCUAUCCUGCUUCUGGUCCUCAUGAAACUUCGCCUCAAUCUAGUUCAUCAGGACUUGGCCUACCGAUUUAAUGUAUCACGACAAACUGUGACUAACAUCAUUGCGAAAUCUCUUCCUGUCAUCGCAAGUGAGUUGGCUUUUCUUGUGCAUUGGUCGUCAAAGGAGGAAACUAUCAGGAACAUGCCUAAAGUGAUGAAAGACACUUAUAAGAAAUGUCGUGUGAUCAUCGAUUGUUGUGAGAUCUUUAUCGAACGUCCUGGAAAUUUUACAGCCCGAGAAAUGACAUGGUCAAACUAUAAGAGUCACAACACUCUAAAGGUCCUGGUAGCAGUCGCGCCAUGUGGAUCCAUUUCCUUUGUGUCUAAAUGCUUUGGUGGGAGGGUUUCCGACAAGGUGAUCACACAAAGGUCAGGAUUCCUACAGUUACUGGAACAUGGAGAUCUGGUCUUGGCGAAUCACAGCUUCCUGAUCGCGGAUGACUUGGCGGCACGUGGAGCACAGCUGGCGAUACCAGCAUUUACAAGAGGAAAGGCCCAACUAAGCCCAAAAGAAAUCGAAAUUGGAAGGAGACUGUCCCCUGUUCGAGUUCAUGUGCAGCGUGCAAUUGAACGUGUGAAGAACUUCAGAGUACUAAGCACUACCAUGAGAAUGAAUCUUGUGCCUCAAUUUGACAACAUUAUGACAAUUUGCAGUGGCAUUUCAAACCUCCAUAAACCACUUAUUGCCUGAAGCGACACUAAAGAACUCGCAUGAAGACAAAUUCAUCAGCCCAUCACACAACUGGGACAGAACCAGGAUCCUCUUGGCUUUUUCCUGAUGUUGACACAUUCAUAGUGGAACCAAGUGUAGGAACAGUUGGCCCCCUCACACAUGAUCAUGCGUCCAUGUUCUUCCUGCUGACACAGGCACCACACUUGUGUCGACACAACACUGUCACACACCUCACUGUCAGUGGGUUUCUCGUUCUCUAUUUUCCAAGUCACUAAUUCUGGUAGGAUGUGUGUGAAGAAAAAUGACUCACACUUUCCCAGGACCUCUUCAAUAAAUGUCUCAUCUCUGUCAAUGCGGAUGAUGGCCAUGUCUGUCUUUGUAAAGAUUACAAAAUCACAGAAAGCUACACCGUGCACAUAUACCUCCAUCUGGACCUGGGUAAAAUACCUGUGUCCUCUCUUCAGCUUCAGGUCCUUGUCAAGACAGAAGGCUUUGUCCUGGCAAGCUGUGUUGAUGUCGCUGUCUCUAUGUUUGUAGGGGCACUUUAUCUCUACACACCCACUGCCACAACAUGCACUUGAAAUAAUUGCAUCACUUGAGGCAGUGAGGUAAGGCCUUUUCUCACUGAUCUUCAGUCCUACAGUUGAACACUUAAAUUCUUCGUGUUUAGAGGACUGAUGUGCAAUAUACUGUUUUCGGGCUCUUGUCCGCACCCCAUGCGACUGCAGCUUUGUUCGAAAUAUUGUACUGUUUAUAGUCCAUCACUUUCUUUACAUUGUUUUUUGGGUCAGUUUUGUCCUUCAUGACAUAAAUGUCGUGAGCCUUGGUUCCAGUUAUUCUGCCUUUUCUGUGUUCAUACUACAAAGGGCUGAUUGCCUGAUUCCUUGUGACACAUUCCAAAUUGUUUAUUCUUUCUGAGUCAUAUUUAGGCUCUACAGAACGCCACUGCCGGUCACAUAGUUCCUUAAUGUCCUCCUCAUCAAUGUCGUCCUCAAUCACAAGGCUGGUAAGAGGAGGUGGGAAUGAGCUUGUGUCUACGUCUUCCUCUGCAGUAUCCGUUGCCUCCUCAUCCAGGGGCGGUAAAGUCUUGAAGAAGACGGCAUCAGGACAGACUGCAUACAGAGCCUUCAGGCGGUCUAGGUCAGGUAGUGGUGCUGUUCUGGUGGCAGAUGUCUUCUCGAUGGAGUUUGUCUUCUUCUGGCCGCUGCUGAAGUCAAACUCGCACAUCGGAAUCUGUUGGAGCUAAAAUAUAAUUGGUGUGAAGUCAAUGAUUUUUAGUAAUUCGGAAUCUAUAAAUUAUCGUGAAUAUUUAGAUCGGAUAUUAAUGUAACAUUUACAGAAUAGAGUAGGCAUAAUGGAUAGUAACUUUCACUUGAUGAAAAUUGUGAAUUUAACUAAUACAGAGUUCUUUUCAAGAAACAGCAAGAAUGUUAACAACCAACAUUACAAAAAUUUUGAAUCUUGAGACAUUAAGAUACCCUGGCAAGUGUCAGAGAAUUAUCAAAAAGUCACUAUAUUUAACUGGGGAAAAAUUAUAUAAUUGAAUUACAAUACCACAUACCUCCUUCGUGUAAGCAGCAUUCCACUUGCAGGCAUCACUUGUACAGGCCUUUGAUGUCAGACCUGCUCGGACAGCCGCAUCAACCUUGAACAGGAGGGCUGCGACAUGACUGCACACUUCUCCAAGUCUGCAAAAAAGUCUAAUAUUAACAUACAUCUUUGUGAACUUGUUUUAUCCAAUACAAAUUUUGUCUAUUUUCUACAAAUGUUAAUAAAAUGUUCAACAAAU